CGUGACGUAACCACGUCGUGUCCACACUCUCGCUCGUUUGAUGACGCAGUACGCACAGAACGUAGCACAGCAGCAGGACGCAGCAGCAACAGCGGCAGCUAAAGGAGGUUUCGCCUUAAAUUAGUGUUAAAAAGCCACGUUUUUAGUAUCCAUUCACUUUCAUUUUAAGCUUGGGUAAAUCUACAGAUCCGGAUCAAGAUGUCGUACAUGCUACCACAUCUCCACAAUGGCUGGCAGGUCGACCAAGCCAUCCUGUCUGAAGAGGACAGAGUCCUCGUGAUCCGCUUUGGACACGACUGGGACCCCACGUGUAUGAAGAUGGACGAAGUUCUCUACAGCAUCGCUGAAAAGGUGAAGAAUUUUGCAGUCAUUUACCUGGUGGACAUCACAGAAGUGCCCGAUUUCAACAAGAUGUACGAGUUGUAUGACCCCUGCACUGUCAUGUUCUUUUUCAGGAACAAACACAUCAUGAUUGAUUUGGGCACUGGCAACAACAACAAGAUUAACUGGACAAUGGAGGACAAGCAGGAGAUGAUAGACAUUGUUGAAACAGUUUACCGGGGAGCUAGAAAAGGAAGAGGUCUGGUGGUGUCUCCAAAGGAUUAUUCUACAAAAUACAGAUAUUGAUUCUUGUUUUUUUUUCCUCCAACUUUUUUGAGGAGUUGUUUUUUUCCUGAUAUUUUGUAACAUGACACAAAGACUGCAAGUUACAGACAUCAAGGAAGAUCUUUUUCGACAUUUUUGUUUUUGCCAGUGAAACAGGACAAUUUUCUUAUCAAUGGUCAUCAGUGUGUUACGUUGUGCCAUUUGUGUUUUUUGUAUGUAGACUGACAUGUUAUUCAGUUUCUUCAACAACAAGUUAUGUUUAAAAAAACAGUGAAACAAGUGCUUAAAUGAGCAGUGUGUAGGAUUUGGCGGCAUCCGGCAGUAAGGUUGCAAAUUGCCACCAACUGAAACUUCCUAUAUGUGCCAAGCUUGUAGAAUAACUACGGUGGCUGAUUAAAAAAAAAAAACAUAAAGGGCUCUAUCUAGAGCCAGUGUUUUGUUUGUCCGCCAGUUGUCUAAGGUAACGAAAACACAGCGAUUUGAAGUUUCAGGUGAUUAUACUCUUAAGAAAACAUACUUAUUAAUAUUAUAUUCCAUUUCUGCCAAUAGAUCCCCCUAAAUGCUACACACUGUACCUUUUAAGAAAACAGACACAAUGUAAAAGUCUUCAUAUUUUAAUGUUGUAAUAAACAUGGAUGGAUAUUUACAUAUAAAACUUU